AUGUAUACCGGCUCCAGCAGUGGCCAGCCUACGGCCCAGGAUGCGGUGUUUUGUGGCGCUACUUGCAGUAUUAGCUCUCUCCCAGGGCAGUGGGACCACCAGAAUCCCUCUGCACAAAAGCAAGUCGCUGAGAAGGGCCCUGAAGGAGCGAGGGCUCCUGGAGGACUUCCUGAGGACUCACCAUUAUACCAUCAGCAGGAAGUACUCCAGUGGCGGGGAGGUGGCCAGAGAGCCCCUGACCAACUACCUGGACUGUCAGUACUUUGGGAAGAUCUACAUUGGGACACCGCCCCAGGAGUUCACCGUGGUGUUUGACACUGGCUCCUCGGACCUCUGGGUGCCCUCUGUCUACUGCAAGAGUGAUGCCUGCCAAAACCACCACCGCUUCGACCCGUCCAAGUCCUCCACCUUCCAGAACAUGGGCAAGCCUCUGUCCAUCCACUAUGGCAGGGGCAGCAUGCGGGGCGUAAUGGGCUUCGACACUGUCACUGUCUCCAACAUUGUGGACCACCACCAGACCGUGGGCCUGAGCACCCAGGAACCUGGUAAUGUCUUCUUCUACUCUGAGUUUGACGGGAUCCUGGGACUGGCCUACCCUUCUCUUGCCUCCGAAUACUCUGUGCCUGUGUUUGACAACAUGAUAAACAGGCACUUGGUGGCCCGAGACCUGUUCUCAGUUUACAUGACCAGGAAUGGCCAGGGGAGCAUGCUCAUUCUGGGGGCCAUUGACCCAUCAUAUUACACAGGAUCCCUGCACUGGGUGCCCAUAACCAGGCAGGCAUACUGGCAGUUCACUGUGGACAGCAUCACUAUCAAUGGCAUGGUGGUGGCCUGUGAUGGCGGCUGCGAGGCCAUCCUGGACACAGGCACCUCCAUGUUGGUGGGGCCUAGCAGCGACAUCUUCAAUAUCCAGGCAGCCAUUGGAGCCACACAGGACUCAUACGGCCAGUUUGACAUUGACUGCGGGAGCCUGAGCAGCAUGCCCGCGGUGGUCUUUGAGAUCCAUGGAAGGAAGUACCAGCUGCCGGCCUCAACCUACACCAAUGAGAUUGAGGGCCUCUGCAGCAGUGGCUUUCAGGGUGAUGGUGAUUCCCAGCUGUGGAUCCUGGGGGACGUCUUUAUCCGGGAGUACUACAGCGUCUUUGACAGGGCCAGUAACCAUGUGGGGCUGGCCAAAGCCGUCUGAUUGCAUUGCUGACCAGGGGCCACACUGUCCCCAAACGCAUGUGCACACGCACAUACAAAGAUCAGGUUUUCAAGCAGAUGGUUCUCAAUAAAUACUGCAUCUCUG